GGCCACAUUAGCCCAGGGAUUGCAGAACUAGGAUUGGAUGAAGGUCAAAGGAACGUCGGGAGGGAAAUUCUUCGACGUCGAAGCUCUGUACGAUUAACCCGACCAUUUACAGCGCCGCUCGUCAUGCUCAGCCGAUUCGCCAGGCCGCAAAGCGCUUUGCGCGCAGCCUCCUCUUUCUCCCCAAAACCCACCUCCGCCUUCUCACGCUUCCAGACUCGUGCUAUCCAUCGCAUUCCCCAAUUGCAGCACGACGCCUACUAUAAGGAGAAUGGUGUCCCGGAGUUCCUGUCGCCUGAGGCGUUCGACUUCUCUUGGACCCAAUACCAGACUCUUCUCGUUAACAAGCUUAAUUUGUUGACACAAGAUACCGUUGACGCAGAUGCCAAACCCGGAGAAUUGCUGGUCAAAUACUCCAAGCGUCCGGAGAUGGCCUCGGUGUUCAACUAUGCCUCAAUGGCCCACAACAACCACUUCUUCUUCAACUGCUUGUCCCCCACAGCCACCACCAUCCCCGAAAAGUUCGCCAAGGACAUCGUCGACACCUGCUCCUCCGUCGAGUCCCUGAAGUUGGAUUUCCUGGCCACCGCAAGCUCAAUGUUCGGGCCCGGAUUCGUCUGGCUCGCCAAGAACCUCGAGCGUGAAGGCAUGAUGCACAUCUUCUGCACCUACAGCGCCGGCUCACCCUACCCGGCGGCCCACUCCCGGCGGCAACCCGUCGACAUGUCCACCCACACCCCGGAGACCCAGCUGGGCAACCAGUUCGCCGGCUCAAUGGGCGCACAUGCCCAGAAUCAGAAGAGCCUCGCGCCCGGCGCUGUCGAUGUGCAGCCCAUUCUCUGUGUUAACACCUGGGAGCACGCGUGGAUGAUGGACUACGGUAUUGCCGGAAAGGACGAGUACCUCGAGCGCUGGUGGGAUCGGAUUAACUGGGAUGUGGUCUUCGACAACUACAAUGCUGUUGGCUCAAUGAGAAGCUCGCGCAACUCCGCCAACCGUCAUCGGAGUAUGAGCAUGCUUUAA